CAAGUGUCCCAGCAGCUGAUACCAACUGCUCUAUAUAUAGCCUUCAGGGCCUGGCCACUGCAUUAGAGCAAACAGCCCGAACUAACACGCCACAUGGUUUUUACUUUCUGGUAGUCAAAGGAAUAAGAGAGUAGUUUUUGUUUUAGUUUAGCACAAGAAUUAGAAUGAACAAGCCCAAAAUUGUCAGACCGGAGGAGAGUCAGCCAGCACAUGCACUGUGGUUUGACAGAAAGAAAUAUGUCACAGUCAACUUUAUGGUUCACAAACCUAAAGAUGUCCAGGUCGAUAUCCAGACAGACAAAAUGAUUUUAUGCUGCAAAAACAACUCAGAUGACGUGAUCUACAAUGAGCUGUACUUCUACGACAAAGUUCUAAUUCAUGAUUCCAGAGAAAGAGUCUACGAUCGCUCCAUCCAUGUCUUGCUGAGGAAGAUUAAGCCUGAUUUUGCAUGGCCUCGUCUUCAGAGGGAUGAAGCUAAGCCCAGCUGGAUUGCUGUAGACUUUGAUAACUGGAGGGACUGGGAGCAUGAAGAAGACGAGGGACAGGACGAGUUCUAUAGAUAUGCCGAUAUGAUCCAAGAAAUGACUACCAGUAAUAAAGGUGCAGCACCAGAUAUGGGUGAUCUUAGUGAUUCUGACUGAGACUCACUGUGCUCUCUCUCCGGUGACUUUAUUGCUCAGGAUACUGAAGACAACGUUUGCUGAAGCUUGUCAUGUUUGCAGAUGAUUUGAUAUGAUAUUGUCCACAAUACUGUUUAUACAUAUGUGAUAUUUUAUAUGGGUUAUUUAUUAUUAUCCACUGUACACUGACAUAUCAUGUAUCAUGUCAAUUUUAAUAAACAUUAGUUUUAUCAA